AUGAGCCACAACCACAACCAUGGAGGAGGAGGAGGAGGAGGGGACAUGGGCGGCGGCAUGAUGAUGGGGACGGCCCUGUUCCAGGUCACCAACAUCCACCUUGCAAAGUCGUUCUGGUACAUCAUCGCGGGCGUCGUUGGGUUUCUCGGCAUCAUACGCGGCCUGAAUUAUCUCGAGGGUCUUAGAAGACUAAGGAGGCGCCGCUCCGGGUCCGUCCAGUUCCCGACGCGCCCCUCGAACCGCAUCACCCAGAUCUGGGCCACGACGACGGCCCUCGUGCGCGAGGUGGGCCACCCGCAGCUCUAUAUCCCCAUCCGCGGUCUGCACUGGGCGACACCGCCUCCGCUGGGCCGCGUCCUCGUGCUGCUGGCCUACUGGGCUGUCAUCAUCUACAUGAUGGUCGAGGACGCCAUCGUCAAGGACGCCUACUACUGGGAGCGCAUCGGCUUCCGCAACGCGUGGGUGACGCUGAUGCAGAUGCCGCUCGUGUACCUGCUUGCCAUGAAGGUCAACGUCGUCGGCCUCAUCGUCGGCGUCUCGCACGAGCGGCUCAACUGGCUGCACCGCUGGGUCGCGCGAACCAUGUUCGUCACGGCCACGGUGCACGGCUUCCACUUCUGGACCGAGUGGGUGCGCGCCGACUUUGUCGAGACCCAGUUGAGGAUCCUGCCGGCCAUCAAGUACGGCCUCGGCGCCUGGGGGGUGCUGGUCUGGACGUUCCUCACCGGCAUGCAGCCGCUGCGCGCCAUGGCGUACGAGCUCUUCGUCGCGCAGCACAUCCUCUCGGCCGUCAUCUUCCUGUGGCUCGUCUACGUCCACAUCCCGGUCUACGCGCAGCAGUACCUCUGGCUCACCGUCGCGCUCAUCUGCCUCGACCGCCUCGCGCGGUGGGCGAUCCUCGCCUGGCAGAACACGAGGCUCCGCCGGACGAAGGCGUCAUCGACGACGACGUGCGAGGGUGUGAGGCGGCUGGGCCAUGAAGUAUACCUCCGGGCCGUGGGGCCGUCGACGACGGUGGUGACGAUCAAGGAUGUGCACUUUUCGUGGAAGGCCGGGCAAUACCUCUACCUCUGGCUGCCCCGCGUCGGGUUCUUCGAGGCGCACCCGUACACCAUCGCCUGCGCGCACCGGGUGCCGGAUACGUGCGUUUGCAACAGCAUCCAGCUCGUCGUCCGGGCGCACGGGGGCUUCUCCAAGAGGCUGUACCGCCACGCGCUGAAGAACGCCACUGCUGCCUCCUCCUCCUCCCCCUCCUCCUCCCCCUCCUCCUCCUCCGGGGCGGUCAAGGGGGCGGCGCUGACGGGGUUCGUCACGGGCCCGUUCGGGGCGCCGCCGAGGUGGGACAUCUACGAGACCAUGGUGCUCAUCUCGGCGUCGACGGGGGCGUCGUUUACGCUGCCGAUCCUCGAGAGCGUCGUGCAGAGCCGGGGCGGGACGACGUGCGUGACGCGGAUCGAGUUCGUGCUCAUGGCGUGCCAGGGCGACGAGGUCGAGUUCUACACGCAGAGGCUGCGCGGGUCGAUGGAGCGGGCGAAGCGGGCCGGGAUCGAGCUGGUGGUGCACAUCGCCAUCACGAGGUCGGGCAAGGCGAGGGAGGGCGAGGCGGCCAAGAUGGUGCUGCUGUGCUCGGACGACGGCGAGAGGACGGGCUCGGGCAUGAGUUCGUCGUCGUCGUCGUCAUCUUCGGCGCAGAAGCAUCAGCAGCAUCAGCAUCAGCAGCACCGCCGGGUCGUGUCGGAGGAGUCCGUCGACGGGGGAUGUUGUCAGGAAAAGGGGGGGCUGGACCUCGAAAAGGGGGACGACGAGGCGCCGCUAGCGCCGCGGACGCGGAGCGAGUCGCUGGCGGGCAUGAUGAGGGAGUAUUACAGCCGUCCGGACCUCGAGGAGCUCAUUCGGGGGCCGGUGGAGGCGUCGGGCGGCGAGACGUCGGUGGUGGUGUGCGGCGGACCGUCGUUGACGAGCUCGGUGAGGAAUUGCGUGGCGGCGCUGUCGGACGAGAGGGCCGUCCACAAGGGGACGGGGGCGCAGGGAAUUCACUUGUUUGUGGAGGAGUAUUCGUUCUAG